CAUCCACGCAGACAUGCUUCCAUCUCGACUUUUACACAUACAUUUACAUGCUUCAAUCCAUCCCUUUUUCCUAUCAAAAAUGUCACUCCCCAAACCGCAUAUAGGCCCAGAUAGUUUCUUCCACAAAACAUCCCCACCGACCUGUGCACCCUCCUCCCCCUCAUGUCCCACAACCAUCUACUUCAUAUCCGGCAACCCAGGACUGAUCUCCUAUUACCACCCAUUCCUUUCCCUGCUAAGCAAGAACUUAACAUCAGCAUCAUCCCCAGGCCAGGACUCCUUUCACGUCUUUGGGCACAGCCUUGCUGGGUUCGAGCUGGAGCCCGCACCAUCAUCAUUCAAAACCAACAGCAGAACCGAAAAAGCAAAGACCAAACAACCACCAGGAACGAGCAACGGCUAUUACUACAAUGUCGAAGACCAGAUUCGGUUUGUGCAGGCACGUCUAGAGGCGCACAUGGCUGCUCUGCGCACAGAGUCCGCCAAUUCUAGUCCUAGUGCUAGUGAUACAGAUGUGCCGAGCCAAAGACCGAGAGUGAUUCUCAUGGGCCACUCGGUGGGGACUUAUAUCGCGAUGGAAGUUCUACGACGACAUCGCGAGAACCAAGCAACUGCUGCCGGUUUCGACAUCGUGGGCGGAAUCAUGCUCUUCCCCACUGUAAUAGACAUUGCGGGUUCGCCGGCCGGGCAGAAGUUAACGUUCCUCCUCCGCUUUAUCCCGCAACUGGCACUACUCGUGUCGCUGUUCUCUCGACUACUAACGUCUAUCCUCCCCAACUCUAUUAUCCGGGCUGCAGUUCGGUCCGUGAUGCGGUCUCCGCCUGAGACAGCUAUAGAUGCAACUACAGCGUUUCUCAAGAGUAAACGAGGCGUGCGGCAAGCUUUACAUAUGGGUGCGGACGAGAUGCGCACCAUCACCACAGAUAAAUGGAGUGAUGAUGUCUGGGGAGUAUCUAAAGCUAAAGAAGGCUCUCGGCCGCAGGAGCAAUUACUAACGCGGUUAUUCUUCUACUUUGGCCGAAACGACCACUGGGUUGCGGAGCAGACGAGGGAGGAAAUCAUUGCGGCGCGGGGAACAAUGCAGAAUGGGCCUAGGAUGAUUGUUUGCGAGGAGUCCCUGCCGCAUGCGUUUUGUUUGAGACACAAUGAGACUAUGGCCAAUAAAGUUGCUGAUAUGGUUCAAGAAAUACUAGAAUUAGAUGGCGUUGAUAAUAGAGGGAAUCUUCAUUAAUGCGUUCAGAGAUGGUAGACGCUCCCAUUGAUAGCGGCAAUGAGGCGGAGAGGCC